UCCCCCAUUUUCCACACUAAUCAAUCAAAUCGUUCGGCAAUCUAACACAGUUUGCGUCAACAUGGAUUUGAUAAACGGGGGAAACAGUUUCUUCAGAGUAUUGGAAGACAUGCUGGACUUCGCCGAUCAAGAGCCCGAAAAGUCCCGAAACGCCAACAACCCCUCUCGGGCGUACGUCCGAGACGCGAAGGCGAUGGCGGCCACCCCAGCGGAUGUGGUGGAGUACCCGAACGCGUACGUGUUCGUGGUGGACAUGCCUGGAAUCAAAGCCAAUGAAAUUAAAGUGCAGGUGGAGAACGACAACGUGUUGGUGGUGAGCGGGGAGCGGAGGGGGGAGAAAGAGAAGGAGAGCAAGGAUGCGGUGAAGUAUUUGAAGAUGGAAAGGAGGGUUGGGAAGUUUAUGAGGAAGUUUGUGCUGCCGGAGAAUGCGAACUUGGAGGCGAUCACGGCGGUUUCUCAAGACGGCGUGCUGACGGUGAGGGUGGAGAAGUUGCCUCCGCCAGAGCCCAAGAGGGCCAAGACCAUUCAGGUCAGUGUUGCUUGAGGUUGAAGAUAUGAGGUUAUUGUACUCUGAAUUUGGUGUUUGUUCUUUUACAAUAUGAGGCAUGUAUCAUGUUCAUGCAUGUACGAGGUGUUAUAUGUGUGCGUAUGAAGUUUGAAUAAAAUUGAAGUUUGCUUUAGCUUUAA